UUGCAUUGGAUCAUAAUUUUUUACGCAAGAGUUGUUUCCUUGUCAUAUACCGAAAUAUAGCUGGAUUCAACAAUGUUUAGUGUUUUCUUGUUGUAGGGGUGCGCACAGUACAGGGACAAAAACCUGUCAAUCCUCUCGAAUUGGGCGCAAAUACUUUGGCGUCACAAGGUAAAGUCUUAAAUUUUUAGUUACAGUAAGACUUCGCUGGGGUUUAGGUUGAUAACGAUUAGUAAAUACUUAGUUAGGGGGUUCAAAUAGCAGGGCUGCGCUUGUGUCACGCCCACACUGGUUUUUGGGUAAGUCCUUCAUAAACAGAGGAAGCGACGCAGAGACCUCAGAUAAAAGCUGAAGGAAGAAGGAAACACCAGAUGAAAACAUAACAACAAGCUGUAUUACCUGCAGGUCUCAAUGGACUGGGCCGUUGUGGUAGUUUUGCAAGUUAUGCUACAGCCAUCUCUCUCAGCGUUGUUCACUGUUGAGGCAGAGCAAACCACAUACAAGUCAAAGUUUGGGGAAGAUGUUGUCAUGGGCUGCAGGUUUCAGCCGAAACUACCAGGUCCUCUUGCUGACCUGGAGGUGAACUGGCACUGGAUUGGCGCCAACUCAUUCCGAGAUGUGUAUAAAAUGGAUAACUGGAAGGAGAACUUAGCGCUCCAGCAUCCGGACUAUCAAGGCCGGGUUAGGCUUCUCACUGACCAGCUGCUGGAUGGCUGGGCCAAGUUAGAGAUCUCCAGACUCAGAAUUAACGAUUCUGGAAACUACCAAUGUUUGGUACGGACAAAGGAAGGAACAGAUUACAAAGCAAUAACUUUGUCUGUUACAGCUCCAUAUAAAGAUGUGACUAAACGCAUCCAGAAGGCUGCAGAGGGGGAUGAGUUGCUGCUAACUUGCCAGUCUGAGGGAUACCCACAGUCCUCUGUGAUGUGGCACAAUGGUCACCAGCGGACAAUUAAUUCCAGCACCACAGCAGAAUCAACUCCAGAGCAGCUUUUUAAAGUCACCAGUCAGAUACGUGUCGGAUCAUCGGAGAAAAACAACUACACGUGUACCUUUACAAAUGAUGGCUCCUUCCAGACGUUUGUUAUUCCAGAUGACAUACCUGCUGCUUCACCGCAAGUAAAAAGUGACGCUUUGUUCAUUAUUUUGAGCAUAGGAGUGAUAAUGGCUGUCAUCGUCUUUGCGGUGCUCAUGUACCGACGACGAAAAGGUUUCCGCACUCAUAGUACCAGGAAUCUGUUGGUUGACAGUCGAGGUUGCAUGGAGGAAAAUCUGGGGGUGUUUCUAAAACGCCAGUAUGCUAACAUCUUCAGCUCAGACGCGAGACAUCACCAGAAUGUUUCCAAUGCGGAGGAUCUACUUCACACGUUGCAAAACAAUGAGCUCCAGCCUUUGAAUCUCCAAGCUCUAAUCCCAGAAACUGGAGAGACACUUUUCCUUGAGGGACCUCCAGGGAGCGGGAAGACAACCGUGGCCCACAUCCUGGUCUCUUCUUGGACUGAAGGGCCCACAAAUGCCCUCUCGAACCUCCUCGAUCUCAGCACCAUCCAACUUCUCUUCUACGUCGACUGCCGCAAACUGAGGGGCAACUUGUUUCAGGAAAUAAGGACUCAACUUUCUCUCACGGAAAAGAUAUCAACAGAAGAUGAGCUGAGGACUUUGUUAACCAGGACCUGUGAAGUUCUGCUGUUGUUGGAUGGGUACAGAGAAGGGAACCAUUAUUUCGACGAGUCCUUGAGGAAGUUUCUAAUGGAGAAAGGAGGGUGCAGGGUGCUGGUCAUGGCCUGCACGGGACACUGCCCCAUGCUUAAGGGGACAGUUGGGUCAAAAGAGGUGGUUCAGCUACAAACAAACAGUGUGAAGUACUGAGGGCACAAAAACAUUAAGCACUCGUUAAAUAUUAAACAAACAUUUGUAGGAUUUUAGUAUAUUUUUACACAGACUGUGAUUAGAUUUUGUAUAAGCCCAAAUAUGCUGCAGAACUUGCUGAAUUUAUCAUAUGUAAGAUAUGCAAUAAAAACUACUUUUGUAUACUUUA